AUGUCUAAAAGAAUAUCUCUAACAAAUGCACAGAAACGUCAACUAUGUCUUGACAAGGCAAAAAAGCCUACACCAACGAAUGGUGAACUUGCAUCGAAGUAUGGAAUCAAGGAAAAGACUGUAUCCGCAAUCUUAAUAGCAAAAGAAAAGUGGCUUGUAACGAAUUCUGAUGAAUAUACUGCUCA